UUUUUCGUUCUCACUUUGAUCCUCUUUUCUCCUUCUUCAUCAUCAUCUCUCUCUGUGCAGAGAGACACAGACAAAUCUCUAAUACACUCUCCAAAAUCACAACCAAAACCCUAUAAUUAUUCCAGAUUUUUUUUUCUUUUUCUUUUUGCAGCCGAGAAAAGGCGGGGAAAUAUUCGAAUAUCUAUCUUUAUUUUACAGAUGAAUUUCUGAUACUGAAUCAUAUUUUUUUGAUUGAUUGAGUAGAUCUGAAAAGAGAGAAAUCAAGAAGAAAUGGCGAAUUUAGGAGCAUUAUUAGCAGGAGGAGGAGAUGAUUUAGCUCGAUCAAUGAGUAGAUCAUCAAUAGGAGGAAGUAGAAGAAGUUGGGCAUCAACUAGUAUGAGAGAAGCAUGGAGCGGAGGAGGAGAACAACACCAACAUCCAAGUCAAAGAAGACAUCAUCAUGAAGAAGAUGAAGAGGAAUUAGUAUGGGCUGCUAUUGAGAGAUUACCGACUUAUGAUAGAGUUAGAAAAUCUGUUUUAUCAUCGGUUAUGGAUAAUGGUAGAAUCCGUCAUUCUGAAAUUGAUGUUGCUAAAUUGGGGUUACAAGAUAAGAAGCAGUUGAUGGAUAGUAUACUUAAAGUUGUGGAAGAAGAUAACGAAAAGUUUCUUCAGAGAUUGAGGAAUCGAAUCGAUAGGGUUGGAAUUGAUAUUCCUAAGAUUGAAGUGCGAUUUGAGAAUUUGUCAGUGGAGGCUGAUGCUUAUCUUGCUAGUAGAGCACUUCCAACAUUGUUCAAUGCUACUUUGAAUGCUUUUGAGACGAUUUUUGGUUUAAUUCGAUGUGCGCCAUCCAAGAAGCAAGUGAACAAGAUACUUCGUGGAUUGAAUGGAGUCGUAAAACCUUCCAGGUUGACAUUGCUACUUGGACCUCCGACCUCAGGAAAAACUACAUUCUUGCAAGCACUUGCAGGAAAGCUUGAUAAAAGUCUACGGGUCUCUUUUCUUUCUAUUGCUUAUACAUGUACCCCCUCUCUUGCAUGUGUAAUUAGUGUCGUUCAUACAUGUCUAACGGUGUAUUUGUGCCUUCUACAGGUAACUGGAAAAGUCACCUACUGUGGACAUGAAUUCUCAGAAUUCAUCCCUCAAAGGACCUCCGCAUAUAUUAGUCAGCACGACCUUCACAAUGCACAGAUGACAGUAAGGGAAACAUUGGAUUUUUCCGGACGCUGCUUAGGAGUUGGCACCAGAUUCGACAUGUUGGCAGAGUUGUCAAGACGAGAAAAAGAGGCAGGAAUAAAGCCAGAUCCUGAGAUCGACGCAUUCAUGAAGGCGACAGCCAUAGAAGGACAAGAAAGCAGUUUAGUGACAGAUUAUGUUCUUAAGAUACUUGGGCUCGAUAUUUGUGCUGAUAUUAUGGUGGGUGGUGCCAUGGCAAGGGGUAUAUCCGGUGGGCAAAAAAAGCGUGUGACAACUGGAGAGAUGUUGGUCGGUCCAGCAAAAGCUCUCUUCAUGGAUGAAAUAUCAACUGGGCUAGACAGUUCAACCACCUUUCAGAUUAUUAAGUUUAUGAAACAAAUGGUACAUGUGAUGGAUGUGACUAUGAUCAUAUCUCUCUUGCAACCUGCUCCAGAAACAUUUGAUCUCUUUGAUGACAUUAUCCUACUUUCGGAGGGUGAGAUUAUCUACCAAGGACCCCGUGAAAAUGUUCUUGACUUCUUUGAAAGCAUGGGAUUCAAAUGCCCCGAAAGGAAAGGAGUAGCAGAUUUUCUGCAAGAGGUAACUUCAAAGAAGGACCAAGAGCAAUAUUGGUACAAUAAGAAUGAGCCUUACAGAUACAUCUCAGUAUCUGAGUUUGUGCACUCCUUCAAAAGCUUCCACAUAGGUCAACAACUUACAGAGGAACUCAAAAUUCCUUAUGACAAAUCGAGAGCCCAUCCUGCUGCAUUAGUAAAGACCAAGUAUGGUAUCUCCAACAGGGAACUCUUUAAGGCAUGCUUCUCGAGGGAAUGGUUGUUGAUGAAGCGCAGCUCUUUCCUGUACAUUUUCAAAACUUGCCAGAUAACAUUUAUGUCAAUCAUCACAUUAACUGUGUUCUUGAGAACAGAGAUGACUCCUGGUACAAUAGCUGGAGGAGGGAAGUAUCUUGGAGCCCUGUUUUUCAGUCUGAUUCAAGUGAUGUUUAAUGGGAUGGCUGAGCUUGCUAUGACUGUAUUCGGGCUGCCUGUGUUCUAUAAGCAGAGAGAUUUUCUGUUUUAUCCUGCAUGGGCUUAUGCUUUGCCAAUCUGGAUCCUCAGGAUUCCUCUCUCCUUUAUGGAAUCUGCAAUAUGGAUCAUUCUUACGUACUACACAAUUGGGUUUGCACCUGCAGCCAGUAGAUUCUUCCGACAGUUCUUGACGUUUUUUGGUAUCCAUCAGAUGGCUUUAUCACUUUUCCGUUUCAUAGCAGCACUUGGACGAACCACAGUGGUUGCAAAUACACUCGGUACCUUUACCUUGCUGUUGGUUUUUGUGCUUGGAGGAUACAUUGUUUCCAAAGACGAUCUUCAGCCAUGGAUGAGUUGGGGAUACUAUGUUUCUCCAAUGAUGUACGGCCAAAAUGCCAUUGCCAUUAACGAAUUUCUUGAUGAAAGAUGGGACAAGCCUCUACCCGGAGCUGAUCCCGUCACUGGUCAAUCGACGGUAGGAAAGGUUCUUCUGAAAUCCAGAGGAUUAUUUUUGACAGACAACUGGUUUUGGAUUUGUGUUGGGGCACUCUUUGCGUUUUCUGUUCUCUUCAACGUUCUUUUCAUGCUUGCACUUACUUAUUUAAGCCCUUUUGGUGAGUCUAAAGCUUUGAUUGCGGAUGAGGAUGACAGUAAGAAGUCGAAGAACAUCCGGUUACAGGAGAUUAGUGGAUCAAAUGCAACAGAACCAAAAAGAGGAAUGGUUCUACCUUUCCAGCCUCUUUCACUUUCGUUCAACCAUGUGAAUUACUAUGUUGAUAUGCCUGCUGAAAUGAAGUCCCAAGGAAUUGAAGAAACUCGUCUCCAGUUGUUAAGAGAUGUUAGCGGGGCUUUCAGACCAGGAGUAUUGACAGCAUUAGUUGGUGUUAGCGGUGCUGGAAAAACUACCUUGAUGGAUGUUCUAGCAGGAAGGAAAACUGGAGGGUACAUUGAAGGAGAAAUUAACAUAUCUGGAUAUCCAAAGAACCAAGCAACAUUUGCUCGAGUUAGUGGUUACUGUGAACAAAAUGAUAUUCAUUCACCUCAUGUCACAGUUUACGAAUCUCUUUUGUACUCAGCCUGGCUUCGUCUCUCUGCUGAUGUUAAGAAGGAGACGCGAAAGAUGUUCGUUGACGAGGUUAUGGACUUGGUUGAGCUUCAUCCGCUGAGCAAUUCUCUAGUUGGUAUGCCUGGAGAAGACGGUCUUUCAACUGAACAGAGAAAGAGACUUACCAUAGCCGUAGAGUUGGUUGCUAAUCCAUCAAUCAUUUUCAUGGAUGAGCCAACAUCAGGUCUUGAUGCUAGGGCUGCCGCAAUUGUCAUGCGAACCGUGAGAAACACAGUAGAUACAGGGAGAACGGUUGUCUGCACUAUUCAUCAACCUAGUAUUGAUAUCUUUGAAGCUUUUGAUGAGCUUUUAUUGAUGAAAAGAGGAGGGCAAGUCACAUAUGCUGGAUCACUUGGUGCUCGUUCUCACAAGCUUGUAGAAUACUUUCAGUCUGUUCCCGGUGUUGCAAAGAUUAGAGAUGGAUAUAAUCCUGCUACAUGGAUGCUUGAUGUUAGUUCUGCUUCUGUGGAGGCUCAGCUAGACGUAGAUUUUGCUGAAGUUUAUGCUAAUUCCAUCCUCUAUCAGAGAAACCAAGAAGUUAUCAAAGAGUUAAGCACUCCUGCACCAGGUUCCCAAGACCUUCAUUUCCCCACCGAGUACUCCCAAGAUUUUCUGACUCAAUGCAAAGCGUGUUUCUGGAAACAACAUUGGUCAUAUUGGAGGAAUCCUAAAUACAAUGCAAUCCGAUUGUUCACAACUACAGUCAUUGGAAUUCUAUUUGGUGUAAUCUUUUGGGACAAAGGAGACAAAACCUCUAAACAACAAGACCUGCAGAAUUUGCUUGGAGCUAUGUAUUCUGCUACUCUUUUCCUUGGAGCGGGUAACGCUGCUUCUGUGCAGGCUAUUGUUGCGGUUGAGAGAACAGUAUUCUACCGUGAAAAAGCUGCGGGAAUGUACUCCGCAUUGCCCUACGCAUUUGCACAGGUGGCCAUCGAGGUGAUUUAUGUCUUUGUCCAGACCUUGGUGUACUCUCUUAUCCUUUUCUCUAUGAUUGGGUUCCCUUGGGGCGUAGCCAAGUUCUUGUACUUCUUCUACUUCAUGUUCAUGUGCUUUAUCUACUUUACAUUGUACGGCAUGAUGUGCGUAGCGCUGACUCCAUCCCCCCAAAUUGCUUCCAUCGCUAUGUCCUUCUUCUUAAGUUUAUGGAAUUUGUUCUCUGGUUUUCUCCUCCCUAGGCCGCAAAUUCCCAUAUGGUGGAGGUGGUACUACUGGGGUUCACCUGUUGCUUGGACUCUUUACGGUCUAGUGGCAUCUCAGGUUGGUGACAAGACCAAUGAAUUGCUGGUUCCCGGGUUGUUAGUCAAUCCAACAGUAAAAAGUUUCCUGAAGGAUAUUUUCGGUUUUGAAUACGACUUCCUUAAGUGGGUUGUCUUAGCUCAUAUCGGGUUUGUUGUUGCCUUUUUCUUUGUCUUUGCUUAUGGAAUCAAGAACUUCAACUUCCAAAGAAGAUGAUAAAUGAAUACUCUGAUUUUCCAUCGUUACAUAGAUUCCAACAUUUGUGAGUAGAUUGAUUAGUACCUAUAGGAGAAAGUAUCCAAGUGUAAAUUAAAGUUAAGAGGGAGAGGAAGUUGCAUAUAUAUGUAGCUUUCCAUGUUUUUUGUUUUACAAGUUGAUCUUUUUUUAAUACCAAUUCGUAAUUACUGUAAAUGGAAGGUUCAAAACAUGAAAAUUCAAUUCAAUCCAAAUGA